AUGGCGACUUCAGAAGAAGUGGAGGAUCAAGCAGUAACCUUUGAAUCUCUGGUAAGCGUUUUCCAUGCGUCUUAAAUUGCAGUGUAGCGCUUUUAGGUGCGUAAAGGUAUAAAAUUUGAUCUUUUUUCUAGGGCGUUGUUGACGUUCUUUGUGAAGCUUGUCAAAAGUUGGGCUGGAAAUCUCCGACCAAAAUUCAGAGAGAAGCGAUUCCAGUGGCUUUACAAGGUAUUAGAAAGACCUCAGUUCAAAUCAGUUAAUCUUCUAUUCUUCUACUUUUAAUUUUUUACAGAAUUCAGUACCUACUUGUCCAAACUCUUUGAAAAUUAUCGCUUUCAAUAAAUGUUAAGUGAUUAUAUAUUGUGUAUCCCGCAGGAGAUUGAUACGGUUAUCAAUUUCGAUCUAGAUUUAUUGUGGCUUCAAAAAAAUUAUAUGUCUUAUAUGGAAUGCCAAUCCAGUAAUCUCUGCAAUUUGAUAGUGAAGUUUUUUUACUUCAGUAGUUAAUCACAUGUAUGUAAGCAAUCUUUUAUCACAACAAUAUACUUCUUUAAUCAACCAACAAAGCACUAUCUAAAAAUAGAUACAACAAAUCAUGGAGAAAUACAUUUGGCCUGCGAAUGUCGCCAUCUCUCGUCCCAAGUGGCGAGGAGUGAGAAGAGACGGCCAUCUUCGCAGGCUAAUGGAGAAAUGGUGAACAUGUUUUUGUGACAAAGGUGGUGACCAAUUCUUUUCAAGGAAGUUGAAUCCUUUGAAAAAAGAAUGGUUUCUGCAGCGUGCAAAGAAAGACGUGUCCAACAGCCCGGGGCUAGUGGAUUUUGCGAUCCGGCAAGUGAAUUCUGUGCUUAACUUGCCUGACGGACAAGUGAACAUUUUUCGGAGAAUUAAAAUUACAGAAUUACUGUAAGACAAAAUGUUUUAAAUUCCUAAUAAAUUCCUGCGGACCGAAAGUCGCUCCGACAAGGUGAAAUCUGCAUAAACAAGACAAUUAUCGCAUUACAUGUCAGACGAGACAUAUUGAGAUCCCUUGCAUAAAGUAAAAGCACAUACUGAAAAAACUUUGGAGGUAAAUGUUGCCCCUGACUAAUUCUUACUGAUUUAGAGAAAGCUAUUUGUCUAAAUUUUCUUUAUAAUCAUUUGUGAGGAACGUAAACAAAAGGUUUUGAUCCUGAACUCUAGUGAGAAAUUUGUUAUGGUUUAAGUAUUGGUCACGUGCGUUUCAAUGUGGUUUAACAAAUUCUAAACACCGAUACUGUAGGUGUUUGUUGAUUAAAAUAUAUAGACCACAUCGUAUUGUUUUCACUUUUCACGAAAAGCUUUCUGAUGAAAAGGUGCCAGAAAUAAAACGAACAUUUUUGUUCUUUUGAAACCUAAAACCUUUGGUUACCUGGAACAAGGUGAACCACAAAUUUGCAUAAUUUUUGUUUGGAUGACAUUUGCUCACUGAUGCGUGACUCGGCUCUCGCACUUUCCACUUUCCCGUGAACUUGAAACUUUACUUGGAAAACCGACUUCCAAACAAACCUUCUUCAGAAAAAUGAUCUUCUGAAUACACUACUUUUGAAUGAGAAGCAAACUGAUGAAAGCUAUCAAAUUUUUAUGCCCUUUAAUAAUAUAAACAUCCCCCCUGUCAGCGGCUAAGAAAUACUCCCGCGUUAAAAUUUGUUUUGGCGGUAAAUUGCAGAAUGAAGCGCUUUCACUGGCAGCUUUCCGCGUUGUCGACGUUGUCGUUUAGUGUGUCCAUUGAGAACUUUGGUUUCACGGUUCCAACGCCGUUUUUUUUUCUUGAAAAAAGUUUUUUCUAAAUUGUAAAAUGCAUGUUAAUCAUUCACGUGUUGCGUUGGACUUAGAAAAAAUUCUACAGUGUGGCAGCGCCGAGAGAAGAAGAGUAUGUUACCAGGUCUACUUAUAGUUCACACUUUUUACGGUUAUUUAUUGCUUUUGUUAAAUAACUACAGUUGAUUGUAAUGAAUAAAUAAAGCCAGUAAUUUUUUUAACUUACAGUGUAAUUAAGACAGGAAUAGUUAAUUAACAUUUUUUCAUUUUGCUCGUGAAAAAUUUUUUUUUCAGGCUUGUAAAAAUGCCUUUCGGGCUAGUAGAUGUUAGUUACAGCUUGCCCGAAGGGCAAGCUGUAAAAUUGACUUUCUUUGCACCCUGUUUCUGUGAAGUGUCCUGAAAUAUAAUUUUUUUCAAAGACUAUGAUUUUAAGCCUUAGCCCCCAAGAGCCUUCUGUAGCUCAAUGGGAGAGAGUUUAUUAGGACGUAAUGAGCAGAAGGUCAUAUAUAAUUAUAGUGGUGCGACUCCUUUCGGGAGAAUCCAGUUUUUUUCGUUUGUUUUGUUUAUGAUUUUUUUUCCUUUUUGCUCAGGAAAGGAUAUUAUUGGUUUAGCUGAGACAGGAUCUGGAAAAACAGGUGCAUUUGCACUGCCAGUUCUUCAGACACUGCUUGAAAAUCCUCAGAGGUUAUAUGCUCUCGUUCUUACUCCGACAAGGUUUGUCUUGGCCCUAUACUAGUUUUACAUAAGGAUUAUACAUAUUUAUAAUAAUAAUAUACAUCACAUAUUUAGACUACAAGACUUUUUUUACCUUUCCUGUUUUGCAGGGAACUGGCAUUUCAAAUUUCCGAACAGUUUGAAGCAUUAGGGUCAACUAUAGGAGUAAAAUGUGGUAAAUGUUGUAGUUAGUUUUUUAUCUCAGGUAAUUUAUAUUUUUCUUUUAUUUCAACUUUACUGGCAUACAUUACCAUACCCAAAAACAAAAGAAAAACCAAAAUUACCUGAGAUAAAAAAAUAGCUUCAACGUAAAUAUUGUUAAUAAUUUUAUUGUAUACACUGGUGCUUCCUAAUAACUUAAAAUAGUUGCUAAUGUCGUGUUUCACAAAUUACAUGCAGACAUAAUUUACAUUAAAAUAAUUAAUAAUAAGAAACAAUAAUGAAAUAGCCCAUCAAGAAAUGAUGAUAUGGGUAUUUCCAUUUUUAUAGCCUUGUGUAGCAUGUAUUGGUUAGCUGUGGGCUUCAACUGUCACUAGUUUCUUGGUGUUGCAGAUGGUGUAAUCACCAAAUGUCAAACAUGUAGACAGAAAAAACACUGAACAAUGCUUACACCACUCCACAAUACCUAAUGAACAUUAGGAUAAAUUUAAUAAGAGGAAACACUAAGAAACACUCUCAAAGGUUUCCUCAUCAUCAGAGAAAUAAAACAAUAAGUCUUGCCAAGAACUAUAGUACAUUAUUUUGUGUACAUGCAGCUAACUUUGCCUAACAAUAAUAUUUUUGUGAGGUUGGUGAUACAAGGUACAUUAUUCGACAAAGACUGAUCAUGCUUACACAUAGUCCCAGACCCACUGCAGAUUUCUCUUAAUUUGUAACUUUUUUGUGACCAUGUCCACUGAUCACAUCAAUCUGUUUACAGCUGUGAUUGUUGGAGGAAUUGAUAUGAUGUCUCAAGCUCUGAUGUUGGCAAAGAAACCUCAUAUUAUUAUAGGUUCGUAAAAUGAUGUUUUUAAACAUCCUUUCCUUUUUUCCUUUUUUAAAAAUUUUCCUUUUUUGAAAAUUUCAAACCUAGGAAAAUUUCAAACCUAGGAACCAAACAGUAGUAUGUUUCCUUCGUGAAUUACUUACAAAUUUUUACAAGUUGUUUUACUCUUAUUAACUCAUUUAAUGUAAAUGUUUCAGCGUCUCCAGGAAGGCUGAUAGAUCAUUUGGAAAACACAAAAGGAUUUAACUUAAGAACAUUGAAGUACUUGGUAUGUUACUAACCUUCAAACUGGCUGUGCAUUAUUUUCAUGAUGCUAAUGGUGCAGAAUUUUUUUGAGAUCAUUAAAUUAAGUUAAUAGUUUCAAUUUUGGUUUUCUUUAGAUCAUGGAUGAAGCUGACAGAAUAUUAAAUCUUGAUUUUGAAAAAGAGGCAAGUGAAUAG